AGGUGGUGACUAUCGCUCCAUAUUGGUUGGGUCAAGUCAAGAGCUCAUGAUAGGGGGCAAGGUCGCAUGGCAUACCGGUGAUCUCGGCGGAUGGUGAGUUUCUGUGCAGCGCCUUAACAGCCUCAGCCACCACCACUAAUACCGGUAUCGGCGUACCGGUACGGUAGCCUGCCCGCUAUCAAUAAUUAAAAAAGCUUAAACGACACACCCAAUCAGCCGGAAGGAGAAAAGGAGGGCAGUGUUGGUGCCGGUAUGGUAUUAAAAGGAAUCGGAAAAAAAAAAGAGCCUACAUCCAUUGGAGAGAAAAGUAGAAAAAAAAAAAGAAAGCACCAUGAAAUACUCCAAAAAAAAUCUUCCGACGACGCCCAAUUCCGUUUAAAACAAUAAUAUCAUAAUAAUAAUAAUAAAAAUACAAACUCCUAACCCCACAGACGCUAUAACCACCACCACCACGCUUCGCCCCGAAAACGUGCAAAAGUGGCUUUUCUUUUCUUUUUUCUGCUUGGAUUUCGGGCUCCUGCUUCCCUUAUUCACACGGCUUCACAAUAGCCGAUGGUAUCGCCCAAGAGUCUGUCCAACGCCACGCCUGCUGCGCAUUCUCGUGCUUCAUUCGCGCUCUCGAAUUCUACGCCUGAUAUGGAGACAUAUUCCCGACCGUUUAUUCGGACCCGACAGGAGUACAUCCUGGGCGAAGGAUGGUAGAUUAUGUAGACUGGAGGGGAUAUGUCCGAUUGUUUGCAAUAGUCUUUUGUCGAGGAGGAGGAGGGUUAGCCUUUCGAGGAGUGUGGUAGAGGUUUUAGAGGGACAAACCCGAGAGCUUUUGCUGACUUUCCGUCUCAAUGAAGAGCUUCUCGAAUACUCGACAACUCAUGAUGUGGCUGGCCAGUCGCAUUGAUGUCAUUAUCAUUUUGACCGAGGUUUGCGUUCGGAAUUGGAACUCUUCGGGGGGGUAGGCUUUGGCCGUGGUCCACGAGGAUUGAUGACCGUGGUUGCGGUGAAUUGGGUGAGGAGGAGAGUGGUAGAUGGAUAGCACAGGGCAGGGAGCGAGAAAAAAGGAAAAGAAAAAAGAAAGUAGAACACGGUAAAAGCUGGAGAAAGGCUGUGUUAGGGCGGUUUAUGCGAGUAUAUAUAUAAAAUCAGAGUGUCUUUCUGACGAUCAGGGUCGGAAUAUGUUCCGGGACAGGAUUUACUCGGGCCUGCAGGGUUAAGGUGUGAAGGAUGAAUAUUCGGUAAAUGUCUAUUUUUUUUUCAGCUUCCCGACAUCGCCAGCGUGGCACGGUAGUUUAUUUCGUUCUUUUAAGGCUGUUGGAGGAAGGAGUUGGGGAAGCUUCUUUCUUUAUCGCGCACGGCUCCCGGCUGGGGACGUCCUGACAUUAAAGGGUACUUGUAAUGGAAAGCGCUCAGUGGGCUCGUCGGACCCGGAAGAGGUGGUGCGGUUGCUUUUUUCUUUGGUCCUGCAAUGCCAGUACCGUAGAUAUACUGUAUCCGUCCCUUGCGUCAAUCUCCCUUUCUCCUCCUCCCUCCGUUCCCCACUACCGGUAUCGUAAUGCGACGUCUCGGGGCCACUGAAUCAGCGCAAGUGCGGUUGGUGCACCGACCAUAUAAAGCCGUUUUCCCCUGCCCGCCUUAAACCGAAUCAUGAUGGGCAUGGGAACCACUUUUACUGUGUAGCGCAGCUUACAGCUCAUUUAUGCUCUUGCCGUAUUCCUUUAGAGGGGCUAGCGGGUUCCUGCGCAUUCGGGAUACCUCUAUCCCCACCCCUCCUCCGUCUCUUAUGUUCGGAGACCAGUCAGUUCGUGAGAGUUGCGGCGAAGAACUGCCCUCAUUGCGGUUAUCGGCCGCGCUGCACCUUGAUCCUUUUGCUUUCUUUCCUUAGGGCUGGCCGGGCGUAGCACCUUAAUCCUCUGGCAUCCUCCGAUCUCCUUUCUAUUAUCGUACACCACAUUUCCAAUCGUUUAUCCCCCCAUCGAGAUUCCGUAACCGGAUCCCUGAGUUUGGACCCCCUGUCCCUAUCUGAUGACCUAUUUCUCUGCUGGUCUUUCCCAUCCGUUUGUUGGGUUUGGGGUUCCACCACUCUUACGAGACGAGAAUCCGGUUUUGUCUAUGAUUUCUCGAUUGGAGAUACUGUGUACAUAGUACCGUGCUCUGCUCUGAUUUAUCGGCGGGCCCCCGUUUGGUCACCUGCUGCCUGGUUCGUCUGCGUGCCUUAGGGGCGAAGCCCGGGCGGGCACAAUUGUGACGACAAUCAUGUACGAACACUUGAGUUUUAUCAAUAUAUAUAACCCUGAAACAACCGCUUCUUGCAUGAUGCCUAACAUGCUGCGUCCCCCGAGAGCCCUCAAGGCCCUUCCCAUCGAGUCCUUUUUUUUCCUCAAAAAAAAACAAAAAAACAUAAGGUAUGAAAAACUGCACAACGUACAUGCUCCGGAAUUUCUCCUGCCUGCUUUUGUCUCCUCUUAUCAUGUACAGUAGUAAUUGGAUCUUAUUUUCUUGCUAUAUUAACUCAUAGAUGGAGAGCAUCCGCAAUACCGGCAGUUGUGCACCAGUAAGUUAACCGACAGGCUCAGUAUGAGAAGUAUUCCCCGGUUGUUUAGCGGAAUUGGGAUCUUUGGUCCGGUGCUGCGCCGCUAUCUUGUGUUAAGAUCAGCGUUAUCGACAUCGGAGCAGAUGGAGCUGGAAUGGACACGAUUGCCAAUUUCGGCCCUUCUGGCACAACGAUCUGGAAAGACUGGUUUGGUGCGGUCUUAAAUCCUGACGAAUAUGGGGCCUCUGCGUGGAGCAAAACUCGGAAGGCACGGAUGCUGUUACUCCGUGGGGACCGGGAGAUUUUCUGGAAGUCUUUGGGUACAGAAUUUUUAUUUUUUUGACCUCCGCGAGUCGGAGGUCGAAUUGGGUUUGUCGGUGGUAGGCUCUUGGGAUGGUGGGUGCCUGUGCUCUCCCUUCUCAUAUGAUAGAUGGGGCUCGCGUUACCCGUCCUUUGCCCCCAUGGGUCACCAUCCAAUCUGUGAGGGAGUUAGCGCAAUGGCCAAGAUAACCAUGAAGUGCGACGGUGCAAGUUGCCGAUCCAAAGAAGACACCUACCAUCUCGCCUCCUAGAUCUCCAUACCAGAGAAAUUGAUGCGUAUGAUUCGCCCGCGGCGCAGGAUAGGGUGCCUGUCUGGCAACCUUCAUCAAUACCGGUAUUUCAUAUGGUCUCAGUGGUAGGGAUGUUGGUGGACAGGUGUGGGAUUGUGAAGUUGUCUCGGAUGACAAAAUACGGUGCUGUCUUUGUUUAAUAGGAUAGCCGGCCGGUGCAUCAUACCUGUAGUAGAUAUACCCGUACGGGCGCUAUUCCCCCGGCAGACAUCCGACUUUCGACUUACCCGGGCGAUAUUGCCACACUCGCGCAAGUGAUAUUGAGGGCUGGAAUUGGUGACUGAUUGUGUCGGGGGUGGUGCGAUUCAUUAUGUGGCAGAAGGGCCUGGGCAAUCCCGGGAGCCAGAUAUCGCGUAUCUAAAGGGAGUUGACCACGGUGGCGUACCAUAUGGGGCCAUUGACUGCCUCACCGUAUAUUGCUCGAGUCUUCUUCCCCAGAGGCAGUGGUUUGAUGUGCUCAAUGUUGCGGUUUGUACCGUAUGUUACAGCACAACCCGCAUCUCACACUGCCUCCUAAUCUAAUACUGCUAAUUUGCGACAAUGCUGAUGCGGCUCUUCGGUGCGAUAAGUUAAGCUUUUUCCCAAUUCGUCGGGGGGCGACGUUUCCACACCUCUUCAACGAACCAACCGGGUAUAUAGAGAGCAAUUAUCCCAUCUGUCCGCCACCCCUAUCGCCACCAAAAUAGCCAGGAUGGCCCCACUCGUUCUGGAAAUCUCCCUCUCAAUCAUCUACCCAACCACGACGGCCCCAUUCUCUGAUGGAUCCGUGAGGAUCGACAUCGCCGCUCCCGAUCAAGCACACAAAGGAAAUGUCGUUCCUCACCAUCAGCCCCCGCCGGCAAUUUUGCAAACCGGCCCAUCACAUCCGUUAUACCGCCUUCCUCAAUCCAUCUCCUCUGGGGGCAUGAAGAUUCACUUGAAUGCUUACGCCGCAUCCGAGGGAACCCCCGAGGCCAUAUCCCACCGCGAAUUAGCUCGUUCUUCCCGCACAAGCAUGAUUGACAAAGACCAUAUUCUGUACGAGAUCGCGAAGGUGCCGGUUGGUUCUGAUUACCAUCUUGAGUGCUUUCGCUACGGCAAAGACACUGGAGCGUACGGGUUCGGUCUGAUGUCCUUCGUCAGCGGGUGGAUAUCUGGCGGCGUUUGGAAUGUUGAAUAUAAGACUCAAGCCUCUGGAGCCAAGGUCGAAAUUUUUGUCAGGAUGCGGAUUGAUGACGGUGGCUCGGAGCAUGGCGUUUGGAAGUUGAUUGAACCGGUACAGAAGGUGGUUGCCAAAGAGAGGCCUCCGAGGGAAGGGGAGUACGGUGAGAAUGGGCGCUGUAUCGAGAUUUUUGAGGAUGAUUUCCACGGGCAGGGGAUCAUGCCCGGGGAGGAGUGGAGGGACUUCAUCACUGCUUGCUGGAUUACGAAGGUUUGGAGAGAGGCUACAAAAAAGCCACUUUUCGGAACAUCAGUGAGAAGCAGCACUGAAGCUGGUACCCUGCCAACUUGGUAAGGUGGAAAUGGCCAUUUGUACUGUUCCUCGACUUUUCAAGGGGAAGGAAAGAUUAGGUGUUUUUGCUCUUUGACAGCUUCCGUGCUUUCCAGACAUUACUAGAUCAGGGGGAGAAACGUUUGGUUGAAAUUUUGAGAGAUAUGAGACGGUGGGAUCCCCGUUAUGAUCUGUACAUUUAGCAUCCACUUGAAUGUUCUGUAAAAUUCUUUCCGUUAUUGUCUAUUCUAUGCUAUCGUCCGUCAACUGAUAAUGCUUUAUUCUUGUUGCAGC